UGGCCGUCGGGGCGGAGGGCGGUGGCCGGCCGCGGUCCGGGCUUCAGGCCGGGCGGCGGGGGUGGCAGGGAGGCGGCGCUCUGGGGCCGCAGGCGGGCGUACUCUGAGCGGCGCCCGGGCGCCUGGGCAGGCGCCUCGCGAGUACCGGCGCCCAUUUUGCCCGCCCGCUAAGGAGACCCGUGCGCGGCCUACACGCUUGGGGGACAGCCCUUUACGACGACAUCUCCGCGAACGCCUGCCUCUUGAGCCAGGGGGACGCUCUUUUGAAAGUCAGUCCCCAAACAGUUAAGGUUUUAUUUUAUUUUGUUUUAUUUCCAAGUCACAGCCCCCGAAUCUCGUACAACUCUCCCUGGACCACUUCCGGUUGCCGGCCCCUGCCUCUAACUUCGGUUCGAGUGACCUCGGCCCGGGAUGCCCCUCGGCUCACCCCGGGCUCACGUCGCGUUCCUGGCUUGAGUGGCCCAGGGUGGGAGACCUGGAAGUUUUAACCUAGCUGUUAUCAAGGCGGAUUAAUUAGCCCAAGAAACAUUAUAUUCAUUUUUCUGGAUAUGCCACCGAAGGACCCGUGCCAGAAGCAAGCCUGUGAGAUUCAGAAAUGUUUACAAGCCAACAACUACAUGGAAUCAAAAUGUCAGGCUGUCAUCCAAGAACUGCGUAAGUGUUGUGCUCAGUAUCCCAAGGGAAGAUCUGUCGUCUGUUCAGGAUUUGAAAAAGAAGAGGAAGAAAACCUAACACUGAAGUCUGCAUUGAAGUAAAGUUCUGCUGAAGUGCUGUUCCAUGUUUCUACUGAAUGAAUUUUUUAAUCUUCCUGUCUUUCUUCAGGCCAGGUAGCAGCAAAUAGCAAAUGAAAAAGUCAGCUAUAAAAGUUAAUGAAUAUGCCAUCUAUGCAGAACAGACAGAAAUUUAAACAACACAUUCAAAGACAAAUAUGUACAAUGUAAUAAACCAAGCUGCUAAAAUAAACCUGUUUAAGAGAAAAA